UGGGAGAUUGGGUUCAACUAGUUUUCGCCAUAUCGAAUAAAAAUGAUGACAAAUUUCGCGAAUAUUGCCCUUUUUUGGUCAGGUAUUUAACAUUUUCGUUCCAUGUCAAUCGCCUUGAAGAACGUCAUGGUAUUUUCUGGGUUUUCCACGAGGUAUUUCCGCAUCUCCAUGAAGUACCAAUAGUGGAUCAAGUCAUUCCCCCAAGCACCAUCGGCGAGCGUCAAUGCCGAACAUGCGGCGGCGCGAUUGUCGCGCACGUCCCAUGUCCACAUGCUUCUCGCCGAACGAACUCAAGGACGUCACGGCGACAGUCACGCAAGCCUUUUCGUGGUGUCCAUGGAUUCCAUUGUAGCAGCGAGAUGGCAACCGCCUGACCGUUCUUCCAUUUCGGGGCACUGCUGACUCUCGCCCCCAGGAUCGGCGGACGUAUUCCUCCAUCAACAUCAGGUCCAAUGCGUCGCUUGACGUUGCCCAACCCAUUGGCACGAUGUGGCGCGCCGUUUCGAUCGACAGACGGCGAUCGAUGGCUAAGACGACAAGAGGCACCAUCUUGACGUUCCAUACAGCCUCAACGCUUCUUAUUGAGAAGCGCCUGGGAACGUUUCAUGACGGGGGGUUCCUAUAAAUACACGGACGCUGCCGCCUCGCCGUCGAAACACUACCGAGCCGCGCGCGCUCCAUGGAUGGUUUUUUUCGUUUUCGACACAUUUAAAAACAACUCGCGUGUUGAUUGGUUAUAAAUUCGUUCCACCCAACCCCUCUCGAGAAUGGAUGUCUCUGAUUGGCUCCCUCUCAAUCGGUUUCAAAAUUUGAAUUUGGGGCGAGUGUUUUUUCCACAAACGAUAUAAAUACCCCAAGAUCUUUCGUUACAAUGGGGGUGGGGUAUAUCGAUACCCCCUCCUUGACCCUAGUGUUUCAUACAAAAACCAAGUUGAAAUUCCUCUACGGAGGGUCAAUACAAGGGGGGUUGGAAGGAGGGGCUAGGACUGUUUCAUCCACCAGGGGUGGGGAAAAGCCUGUGACUCGUCAGGGGAGCUCAUUUUCGAAAGCGCCACCCCGUGCAAACCUCCGAAACAGAGAACAAUGCGUGAAUUGGUACAUAUUCAAGGUGGUCAAUGCGGUAACCAAAUUGGUGCCAAGUUUUGGGAAGUGAUUUCCGACGAGCACGGUGUCGACCCUACCGGUUCCUACCAUGGUGACUCGGACUUGCAAUUGGAACGCAUCAACGUGUACUACAAUGAAGCUACCGGCGGUCGCUACGUCCCUCGUGCGAUUUUGAUGGAUUUGGAACCUGGUACGAUGGAUUCCGUCCGCGCCGGCCCUUACGGUCAACUCUUCCGCCCCGACAAUUUCGUUUUCGGCCAAACCGGUGCUGGUAACAACUGGGCCAAGGGUCACUACACUGAAGGUGCAGAAUUGAUCGACUCUGUCUUGGAUGUCGUCCGCAAGGAAGCCGAAAGCUGUGACUGCUUGCAGGGUUUCCAAAUCACCCACUCUCUCGGUGGUGGUACCGGUUCCGGUAUGGGUACGCUCUUGAUCUCCAAGAUUCGUGAAGAAUACCCCGAUCGCAUCAUGUGCACGUACUCCGUCUGCCCUUCCCCCAAGGUGUCAGAUACCGUCGUGGAGCCUUACAACGCCACUUUAUCGGUGCAUCAGCUCGUCGAAAACGCAGAUGAAGUUAUGUGCUUGGACAACGAAGCCCUCUACGAUAUUUGCUUCCGCACGUUGAAGCUCACCACCCCCACCUACGGUGAUUUGAACCACUUGGUGUGUGCCGCCAUGUCCGGUAUCACUACCUGCCUUCGUUUCCCUGGUCAAUUGAACUCGGAUCUCCGCAAGCUGGCUGUGAACUUGAUCCCCUUCCCCCGUCUUCACUUUUUCAUGAUUGGUUUCGCUCCCUUGACCUCUCGUGGUUCGCAACAAUACCGCGCCCUCACCGUGCCCGAAUUGACCCAACAACAAUUCGACGCCAAGAACAUGAUGUGUGCUGCCGAUCCUCGCCAUGGUCGCUACUUGACAGCUGCGUGUAUGUUCCGCGGCCGCAUGUCGACCAAGGAAGUCGAUGAACAAAUGCUGAACGUGCAAAACAAGAACAGCUCGUACUUCGUGGAAUGGAUCCCCAACAACAUCAAGGCCAGUGUCUGCGACAUCCCUCCCAAGGGCCUCAAGAUGAGUACCACCUUUAUUGGUAACUCGACCGCGAUCCAAGAAAUGUUCAAGCGCGUGUCCGAACAAUUCACAGCUAUGUUCCGACGAAAGGCUUUCUUGCACUGGUACACGGGCGAAGGCAUGGACGAAAUGGAAUUCACGGAAGCCGAAUCCAACAUGAACGAUUUGGUGUCGGAAUACCAGCAAUACCAAGAUGCCACUGCUGAAGAAGAAGGCGAAUUCGACGAAGACGAAGACAUGGAAGAAAUGAUGUAGAGAUCGACGAGUUUUGGCGGCGCCCUGCAUUGGUUUCGUAUAUUUACAAGUACAAUAAACAUGGCACAAUGGGCUAUGUUGGCGUGCUUGUAGAAACAUGAACCACCUUCAUCAUAGCUCGGUAGUGUACAUGAUUUAUAUUGCUUUAGAUUAGGCAAAGACGGGAAUUGACGAGGAAUGUAAAUGACCAUUCGUCCAUCUCCGAUCCUGGCGCCAUGUUCGGAGAUUCGAUUUUAACCGGAGGCAAUAUCCGGCAAGGCACAAAAAAGGCACUACGGGGGGUAUACAAAAUUCAAGUCGUAGCCGUUGGGACCACAAGAAAUAC